CAUCACCACAAAUCAAGAUCCAAUCACUGGCCAAACAACUGUAGUCUUCAGAUCAGCGAGCGAGCGAAAAUGGAGGGCAGGGUGUUCGAGCUGGAGAACCCGCUGAUGACGGCGCUGCAGCACCUGCUGGACAUCCCGGACGGCGAGGCCGGCAACGCCGGCGGCGAGAAGCAGGGCCCGACGCGCGCCUACGUCCGCGACGCGCGCGCCAUGGCGGCCACCCCCGCCGAUGUUAAGGAGCUCCCUGGCGCGUACGCGUUCGUGGUGGACAUGCCGGGGCUCGGGUCCGGCGACAUCAAGGUGGAGGUGGAGGACGAGCGGGUGCUGGUCAUCAGCGGCGAGCGCCGGAGGGAGGAGAAAGAGGACGCCAGGUACCUGCGCAUGGAGCGCCGGAUGGGGAAGAUGAUGCGAAAGUUCGUGCUGCCGGAGAACGCUGACAUGGAGAAGAUCUCCGCCGUGUGCCGUGACGGCGUGCUCACCGUGUCCGUCGAGAAGCUGCCGCCGCCAGAGCCCAAGAAGCCCAAGACCAUCCAGGUCCAGGUAGCCUGAGAUGGAGCACGUCGAAUAAUCGGAGCUGGUUGAGAGGAUACUUGUCGAUGAUUAGUGAACGAGUUUGCUGUGAUGAGUGAUGUGUUUUCGUUAAGCUGCUUCUAUGGCGUGUGGAGCCUGGAGGGUGUCGUGUCACUUUGUGAUGGUUGGUUCAUAAUCUGUGUGCUAAAUGGAACUUUUCAGUUAAAAUUGAAAUUCUGCC